GUUAUCUCCCCUGAAUUGGAAUUGGGAAGAAAAUGAGUGACAGAUUGCCAAGGAUGAACGAAAAAUACGGCAGCCCUCGGCGUAUGCCUUAUGCAAGUGGAAGUGACAGCAUGAUUUAUACAGGAGAAUACCAGAGCAUCCCAGCACAGCGACCGCAACCCUCACAGUCAGAACAAAUGAAGAAAGUUGCAGGAAUGGCAAUCGGAAUUGGAAGUACCUGGGCGUUCGAGUUCAUUUCGCAUCCAUUUAUAGUAAUGAGAAGAUCUUGCCAGAUUUUCUAUCCAGCACAGAGUACACAUUUGUUACCUAUAACAGUAGUCCCUUUAAUGAUGAAACUCAACAGAAAUAAGCCCCCAGUAUCCAUGUAUAAAGGAUUUGUGAGCAAUCUGUUAUGUAGAGGCUUGACUAUGAUCAGUGAAAAUGUGAUAAACGAGUUCACCAACUGGCCACUUCAUAGUUCUUCAUACAGUUCCUUAAAGAAGCACUGUCUACAUUUGCUAUUAAAAUGGUCAGGAUUCUUUAUAACAACACCAUUUUACGUUAGCAGUUUUGUAGAGACUGUGCAGAGUUACGGUGCUAACGAACCACCAACCCUGUUAGACUUUUUGUUAGAAGGAUGUAACCGUCUCCUUGGUCGAGGUGUUCACCAGGCAGCAUGGAUUAUACCUAUGUGGCAACUACUUAUACCUACAGCAACAUUCAAACUGUGUCAGUAUUGUGUUUAUACACUGGCAUCCUAUGCUGUACUGAGGGCAAAGUCAGAGAAGCAGCUAGAAAACUCAGAUAAUUCAUCGCCAGUAGAUAGCGAUGUUUCGACAAUUUCUUUGUAUGAUCAACAGUUUCCAAUUCUGUUAGCAACUUUUACUGGAACAUUUCUUGCCGAUCUAGUUUUAUACCCCUUUGAAACGGUACUUCAUAGACUGUACAUUCAAGGGACCAGGGUACUUAUAGACAACAUGGACACUGGAUGUGAAGUUUCUGGAAUAUCUACACAAUACACAGGGGUUUUAGACUGUUUUAGAUCUAUAAUUAUUGAAGAAGGUUUUCUUGGUCUCUACAGAGGAUUUGGUGCAUUCAUUCUACAGUUCUCUAUUUACGCAGCAGGGCUCAAGAUCGUGCAAUAUCUUUUCGAAAAGAUUUCCAAGUCAGACUAUUCAAACAGUUUAAAUGGAAAUGGACAUCGGCACAUGCCACAAAGAAGGUUUUGAGGAAUAGAAGAUUAAGUACUUGCAUUUGUGAUUUAGUGCGUUAGUGUUUGAAAAAAGUGCUUGAAAAGUGCUUGAAAUAUCUUUUAUCUAUAAACCGCAUAUUGAUUGAACCUCAAGUGCUUUCAUGAAAAAAGUGCUUUGAUUCCACUAGACCUUGAAUAAUACUUAGCAUUGUCCUUGUUUCAUUGUUAAUUGAUUUUCUGAAUUUGACAUACAAAGAGGACUUUAUAGUAUUGCUUAAAUUUGCUUUGAAAAUGCAUGAAAAUUAACAAGAUUACCAGUACAGAGCAGGUCUCAGAAAAGUAACAAUUUUUCCACUUAAGCAUAAAAGAAACUUUAUCUAAAAUUUUGGAAUGGAUAGAAAUGUACCGAGGAGUAUUUGCUUUUCAGCAUUGAUAAAACUGUGUAUGAAAAAGUUAAUAUGGUACAGAUCUUUCACUAAUUGUUGUGAUAAUGUUGUGUUUUCUGCUACAAAUUGUUGUUAACUUAUGUGAGUAUGUUUUGUUUCAAAAAGCGUCAUAGAACAGUUGAUGUGAUUGGUAAAGUAUUGAUUUUUGUCUAAUGAGAUAUACAUUUGUGGAUAAAAUCAAAGUGAUAUUCUAUGGGGGGAGACAUAUUGUUUUGCCCUGUCCAUCCAUUCGUCCGUCUGUCAACUUCAUUUCCGAUCAACAACUGGAUAACCAUUUGACCUAGAACCUUCAAACUUCAUAGAAUGGUAGGGCUUAGAGUAGACAACCCCUAUAGUUUUUGGGGUCACUCAAUCAAAGGUCAAGGUCACAGGGGUCUGAACAUGGAAAACUGUUUCUGAUCAAUAACUUGAGAACUACUUGACCCAGAAUGUUGAAACUUUGUAGAAUUUUUGGACAUUUGAUUUGGGAUCACUACAUCAAAGGUUAAGAACAUGGGAAACCGUUUCUGAUCAAUAACUUAAGAACCACUUGACCCAGAAUGUUGAAACUUAAUAGGAUGAUUGGACAUACAGAGUAGAUGACCCCUAUAGAUUUUGGGAUCACUCCUUCAAAGGUCAAGGUCACAGGGGCCUGAACAUGGAACACUUGACCCAGAACAUUGAAACUUCAUAGGAUAAUUGGACAUGCUGAGUAGAUAAUCCCUAUUGCAUUUCAGUCACUAAGCCAACCAUCAAUGUCUCUUUGAGUUUUGCUCCUGUCCCCGAUUGACUUCUUGCCUAUUACUACUAUGCUUUGGGGGAGACAUGCGCUUUUUUACAAAAGCAUAUUCUAGUUAAAUUUCAAACACAUGUUGGUCCUGUUCCCACCCUUACAUACUAACAUUAUCUUGUAUUUGGUUCUUGAGAAAAUGAAGAAGAAAUUAUUACAGAGUUUACAGAUAUCCCAUGCACAUCAUUCACUUAUUUUUAGCUCAUUUGAUUUUUUGAAAAAAAAUGAUGAGUUAUUGUCAUCACUUGAGCGGUUGUCGGCGUCGGCGUCGGCGUCGGUGUCGGCGUCGGCGUCUGCGUCGGCGUUGCCUGGUUAAGUUUUAUGUUUAGGUCAGCUUUUCUCCUAAACUAUCAAAGCUAUUGCUUUGAAACUUGGAAUACUUGUUCACCAUCAUAAGCUGACCCUGUAUAGCAAGAAACAUAACUCCAUCUUGCUUUUUGCAAGAUUUAUGGCCCCUUUUGUACUUAGAAAAUAUCAGAUUUCUUGGUUAAGUUUUAUGUUUAGGUCAACUUUUCUCCUAAACUAUCAAAGCUUUUGCUUUGAAACUUGGAAUACUUGUUCACCAUCAUAAGCAGACCCUGUACAUCAAGAAACAUAACUCCAUCUUGCUUUUUGCAAGAAUUAUUGCCCCUUUUGGACUUAGAAAAUCAGUUUUCUUGGUUAAGUUUUAUGUUUAGGUCAGCUUUUAUCCUAAACUAUCAAAGCUAUUCCUUUAAAACUUGCAACACUUGUUCACCAUCAUAAGCUGACCCUGUACAGCAAGAAACAUAACUCCAUCCUGCUUUUUGCAAGAUUUAUGGCCCCUUUUGGACUUAGAAAAUAUCAGAUUUCUUGGUUAAGUUUUAUGUUUAGGUCAACUUUUUCUCUUAAACUAUCAAAGCUAUUGCUUUAAAACUUGCAACUCUUGUUCACCAUCAUAAGCUGACCCUGUACAGCAAGCAACAUAACUCCAUCCUGCUUUUUGCAAUAAUUAUUGCCCCUUUUGGACUUAGAAAAAUCAUUUUCUUGGUUGAAUAUUAUGUUUAAGUCAACUUUUCUCAUAAACUAUCAAAGCUAUUGCUUUAAAACUUGCAACAGUUUUUCACCAUCAUAACUGGACACUGUACAUCAAGAAACAUAACUCUAUCCUGCUUUUUGCAAGAGUGAUGGCCCUUUUUAGACUUAGAAAAUCAUGGGUAGGACAAUAUUUCUAUUAUACAAAAAAAAAUCAGAUGAGCGUCAGCACCCGCAAGGCGGUGCUCUUGUUAGAUACUAAGUUUAAAGAUAUCCUAUGAUUAUCUUCCACUAAACUAUUUUAUAUUUAAAUAUUUACCUCUGAUGUAGAAAAUCUUCAUUAAAUAUAUUUAACUUUACUGAAUAUAUAAUGUAAUUACACAUGUAGAGCAUCCUUUAUUUUUAAAUGCCAUGCAUUAACAGUCCAUUGUUUAAAAAACUCCCAGACACUUGCGAAGACAAAGUUGUCCAACUGACUGUUCAGUGUAUGUGCGUGCAUGCAUGUGUUCGUCUGGAUUUGUUUGUCCGGACCAUAACUUUGACAUGCAUGGAGCAAUCUUGUUUAUAUUUGGCUUGAAUGUUAACUUCAGUGAGACAGAGUGUCCUGCGCAAACCCCAGGUUCCUAUCUCAAAGGUCAAGGUCACAGUUGGAGGUCAAAUGUCAUGUCAGAUCUUGUCCAGUCCAUAACUUUGACAUGCGUUGAGAAAUCUUGUUAAUAUUUGGCAUACAUGUUUAACUCAAUGAGAUGGAGUGUCAUGUGCAAACCCCAGGUUCCUAUCUCAAAGGUCAAGGUCACAGUUAGGGGUCAAAGAUCAUUUUAGAGCUUGUCCAGGCCAUAACUUUGAGAAGUAUGGCGCGGUCUUUUUCAUCGUCAUAAAUGUUCACUUCUGUGAGACAGAGUGUGAUGCGCAAACCUCAGGUCCCUGUCUCAAAGGUCAAGGUCACACUUGGGGGUCAAAGGUCAUUUUAGAGCCUGUCCAGGCUGUAACUUUGCCAUGCAUAAAGCAAUCUCUUUAGCUCAUCUGAUUUUUUUGGAAAAAAAUGAUGAGUUAUUGUCAUCACUUGAUAGGCGUCUGAGUUGGCGUUGCCUGGUUAAGUUUUAUGUUUAGGUGAGUUUUUCUCCUAAACUAUCAAAGCUAUUGCUUUAAAACUUGCAACACUUGUUCACCAUCAAUAGCUGACCCUAUACAGCAAGAAACAUAACUCCAUCCUGCUUUUUGCAAGAAUUAUGGCCCCUUUUGGACUUAGAAAAUAUCAGAUUCCUUGGUUAAGUUUUAUGUUUAGGUCAACUUUUCUCCUAUUAAAGCUAUCAAAGCUAUUGCUUAUAAACUUGCAACACUUGUUUACCAUCAAAAGCUGACUCUGUACAGCAAAAAACAUAACUCCAUCCUGCUUUUUGCAAGAAUUAUGGCCCCUUUUGGAUUCAGAAAAUCAGAUUUCUCGGUUAAGUUUUGUGUUCAGGUCAGCUUUUAUCCUAAACUAUCAAAAGCUAUUGCUUUAAAACUUACAACACUUUUUCACAAUCAACAGCUGACUUGGACUUGGAGAAAAUAUCAGAUUUCUUGGUUAAGUUUUGCUUUUAGGUCAACUUUUCUCCUUAAUGGUCAAAGUUAUUGCUUUAAAACUUGGAGCAGUUAUUCGCCAUUAAAAGAUCACUCUGCACAGCAAGCACUGUAACUCUACAUUGCUUUUUGCAAGAAUUAUGACCCCUUUUAGACUUAGAAAAUCAUUGGUAUGACAAUAUUUCUAUUAUACAGAGACAAAAAAAUCAGAUGAGCGUCUGCACCCGCAAGGUGGUGCUCUUGUUUUUAUUUGGCAUAAAUGUUUGCCUUAAUGAGACAGACUGUCACAUGCAACUCCCAGACCCCUACCUCAAAGGUCAUGGUCAUACAUGGAGGUCAAAAGUCAAAACUUGGUCAGUUUUCCUUGUUUGGGCUGUAACUCAGCCAUGGAUUGAGGGUUUCUUAAACUUUACACAAUGAGACAGUCUGUCAGGCAUAAGUACUUGAAAGGUCAAGGUCACACUUAGGGGUCAAAGGUCAAAAGUUGAUGCAGUUUCUCUUGUCUGGGCUGUAACUUAGCCAUAGAUGAAGAUGUUCUUAAAUAACCAUCUAGUUUUAUGUUGUUGAUAAUUUUUCUGGAAAAUAGGUUUGGCUGGCCAGUUUCUUGAGUUUUACUGUACUAGGUUUCUGAGGGAAGCAAUAGGUCAGGUGGGUGAUACAGGGCCUUCAUUGCUCUUUUGCCUAGGUUCUUAACUUUGACAAAUGCCUUCUUUCCUUUGACAAGGUUGUAUUCAGGGGUAUAAAUCACAUUUAGUGGUAGCUCUCAUUUUUCUUAUUUUUAAGGUGAAAAAAUAAUUAUCAUCAGUCUAUUUAGACAUUCAAAGCAUUUUCUGUUCUUUCAUCUGUCCCCUUAACUUUGACAUGUACAGAGCAGUCUUUAUAUAGUUUGCUUUAAUGUAACCCUCAGUGAGACAGAGUGUUGCGUGCAAACCCCAGAUCUUUUUCUUAAAGGUCAAGGUCACACUUGCUUGUCAAAGGGACAGAGUGCCAUGCUUUAAUACCAGGCCCUUAUCUUGAAAGGUCAUGGUCACACUGAGGAUUCAAAGAUCAUAUUAGGUCUUGUCCAGGCCAUAACUUGACAUGCAUUGAGUUAUUUUUUUUUAAAUGUCAAACUUAGGGG